AUGGUUCACACGAUACCUUCCUUGGUUGAAGAUAAAAUUUCAACACGAGCUAAAAAAAUAAUUGCUGUUCUUGAUGAAUUUAACGAAUGUAUUCCGGCUGAGAAAAAAUACUACAAGCAACUUGGAAAAGGAGAAAAUAGAUGGAAGAAAGUUCCACCUAUCAUAGAGGAACUUAAAGUUAAAGCAAGAUCACUUGGGCUUUGGAACCUUUUUCUUCCCAAAGAUUACCCCGAAGGUGCCGGAUUAACAAAUCUCGAGUAUGCGUUAAUGGCUAUAAUUAUGGGUAGAUCUAUUAUUAUUGCACCACAAGCAACUAAUUGUUCAGCACCAGAUACAGGAAAUAUGGAAGUAUUUGCUAAAUAUGGAACUCCUGCACAAAAAGCGAAAUGGUUAAUUCCAUUACUUGAAGGAAAAAUUCGUUCAGCAUUUGCUAUGACAGAAAAAGCAGUUGCAUCAUCUGAUGCAACUAAUAUUGAAACUUCAAUUCAACGAAUUGGGAAUCAAUAUGUGAUUAAUGGUCAUAAAUGGUGGAUUUCCGGAACAGGUGAUCCUCGUUGUAAAGUAUAUCUUGUGAUGGGUAAAACUUCAACUAAAGGAGAUAAACAUAAACAACAAAGUGUGAUAAUUGUUCCAGCAGAUACACCGGGAAUAAAAAUAAUUAGACCACUUACUAUAUUUGGAUAUGAUGAUGCACCUGAAGGACAUUGCGAAAUUGAAUUCAAAGAUGUUAAAGUUCCUGUGGAGAACAUUAUUUUAGGUGAAGGAAGAGGGUUUGAAGUAAUUCAAGGACGUCUGGGACCUGGUAGACUUCAUCAUUGCAUGAGAUCGAUUGGUAGUGCGGAACUUGGCUUGGAUUUAAUGCUUGCGCGUGUAACAGAUCCUUCUCGUCGUACUUUUGGAAAAAUUUUAGCUGAACAUGGAACUGUAUUAUCUGAUAUUGCCUAUUCACGAAUGAUAAUUGAUCAGGCGAGAUUUUUAGUUCUCAAUGCUGCUGAUAAGAUUGAUAAAGUCGGUGCUAAAGAUGCUUUAAAAGAAAUUGGUAUGGCCAAGGCUAUUGUACCUGACAUGUUACUAAGAGUACUCGAUCGAUCAAUUCAAAUCCAUGGGGCAGGAGGUUUAAGUGAGGAUUUUCCACUUGCCUACAUGUAUGCAUUUGCACGUACUUUAAAAUUUGCUGAUGGACCUGAUGAAGUUCACGUACAACAAGUUGAUAUAGUCGUUGGCGCACUUGUAAUAUUAAAGCCAUUUUUUUCUAUCGCCUUCGCGCUAUUUAUUAUUUGGACAUCUUUAGGAUUUGUAUCAAAUAAAUUCAGCAAUGAUUUAUCAACAAUAUUUUGCGCUAUGCCUUUUUCGAGUUAUAUUUCUAUUUGCCAAACACCAAUUCCAGAUUUUUCACGGUUUAUAAAUCGACAAGCUGAGACAUAUGAACAAAUAAUGGAUCAACAAUUAUCUCAUGAUGGAGCAUCUUCGACAUUAGCUUUAGACAUUAAGAAAACGGAACUUGCCUCUGCAGACCUAAGAACACUUGUAAAGUAUUCAAAUUUAGUGAGCGCGCAUGAAUUAGUAAAUCGAUUAACGGAAUUUAUUGAAAAAUCUAGAAUAGUUGGAAGAAAUCUACAAAUUUUGCAAUCUAGAACCAAGUCAUCUUUGGAUAAUUUGAUUACAUAUAAUUUAUUUGCAUUGAAAUCAUUAGAAAAUGUGAGAGAUAGUAAAGUUAGUAGAAAAUCAUUAUCUGAUAGAUAUAAUCAAAUGAUGAAUUUAAUAGAAGUGGAUAUAAAACGAAUGAUUAUUGUAGGACAAGAAGCACUUGGAAGUUUAACGGAUUUAGAUGAGAUGUUAUUAUCAAUACAUGAAAUAAUUACUCAAGAAUCAAUUCUUCAAAAACAUGAACUUGGAAACCUAUUAGCUGAACUUUGGACAUUUUUGGGAGGCAACAAUUUAAAAAAACAAAUUUAUCAAGAAAAUCUUGGUUUACUUUAUAAUUUAGAUGGACAAAGAAAAAAAGCUGUAUCACAAGUACAAACUACAUUAUAUACUUUAACAUCAUUUCAAUUUGAUUUGGAAGAAUUAAGGGAACAAGUAAUAACUCCAUCAUUAAUUGAAAUGCCAAUUGAAGUACAUAUAGAAAAUGUUAACAAAGGUGUAGAAAGAUUAAGAAAUAGUAAACUUGCAUUGAAAAGUGAAGAUGGAG